CUUGUACUUGUCAAGGCACACCUGCUCCGCUCCCUCCGCUCCUUCCCACCACCUCCCACACUCCUUCACCCUCCCGCACUCCACUGCCCAGCAUGUCGAGCGGCCCCGUGGGCAACAAGGUCUUUGCGCCGGCCAUCUUCUUCAUUGCCUUCCGCGAGGCGCUCGAGGCGUCGCUCGUCAUCGGCAUCCUCAGCGGCAUGCUCGAGAGCCUCGUGCUGCACAAGACCAAGGACUCGCCCACCAGCACGCAGCAGAGCGACGUGGCCGCCGAUGAGCUGCGCGAGAAGGAGGCACGGACGCUGAUCCGGCGGCUGCGCAAGAUUGUGAUCCUCGGCGCCCUCUCUGGACUGGCCGUCGCCUUUGCCAUCGGCGCAGCCUUCCUCGCCGUCUUCUACACGCAGGCCAACGACCUCUACGGCAAGGCCGAGGAGCUGUGGGAGGGCAUCUUCUGCCUCAUCGCCGUGCUGCUCAUCACGCCCAUGUCGCUCGCCAUCCUGCGCGCCGACAAGAGCCGCGCCAAGUGGCAGAAGAAGCUGCGCAGCGCCUUUUCGCCGCAGACCGAGCAGCCGGCCGUUUCGGAAGCGCCGAGCUCGGACGCUGCGCACAGCCCGGUGCUCGAGAAGUCCCACAGCGGCGGCUCGCCGGGCGAGGAGAAGAGCAACGAGGCGGCCACGCUGCCGACGCUCGCCACGUCCGCUCCGCCGGCGAAGCGCUCGCUCAUCACGCGCACCAAGGAGCUCUUCUCGCCGCUGGCGCAGAACCGUCGAGGUGCAGCGGCCAUCUUCUUCAUCCCCUUCGUCACGACGCUGCGCGAGGGCCUCGAGGGCGUCGUCUUCAUCGGCGGCGUCUCGCUCGGCCUGCCAGCCUCGUCGAUCCCGCUGCCGGCCAUCGUGGGCAUCGCCGUCGGCCUGCUCUGCGGCUGGCUCAUCUUCCGUGCCGGCACGGUCGGCAAGCACGUCCGCAUCUUCCUGCUCGUCUCGACGUGCGCGCUGCUUCUCAUCGCCUCGGGCAUGGCCUCGCGCGCCGUCUACUACCUGCAGUUCUACAGCUACAUCCAGCUCGUCGGCGGCUCGGCGGCCGAGUCGGGCGACGGCCCCGGCUCGUACUACCACCGCGGCUACGUCUGGCACCUCGACUGCUGCAACCCCGAGACGAACAGCGGCGGCAGCGGCUGGUCCAUCCUCAACGCCCUCGUCGGCUGGAACAACACCGCCACGCUCGGCUCGGUGCUGGCAUAUGUCUUCUACUGGCUCGCCAUCACGGCCUACCUCGUCUACGCAGCGUGGAAGGAGGGCCGCCUCGGCAAGGCGGUGCGUCGUGUCCGUGGUGGCCCGCGGGCGGCCUCGACCGCCUAGAUGAGCGCCUGCAGAAGGCAAGGGUCCCCGCGUCACACGGCCAGAGUCUCAGAGUGCUUCCUAAUCGUAUCUGUCAUGCACACACGAGGCGGGCUGAGG